CCGCUGUCCUCGCCGCUGGCCGGCGGGCGGGGGCGGGGCGCCGGGCCAUGCCCUGUCGGGGACGGGACGGGACGGUGGAUUUCUCCGCACCGCCGGGACAGCGACUCCGAGGCUCCCAGCGAUUCGCUGCCGUCACAUCAUGACUCUCAGCUCUGAGCGGCUCUUCGACUCUUUGGGACACUUUGGCAGAUUUCAAGCAUGUGUUUAUUUUGCAUCUGUCUUUCAAGCUAUGUCAUGUGGUAUCCAUUACUUAGCAUCUGUGUUCAUGGCUGUUACUCCUAACUUUGUAUGUGCGAUACCUGGAAAUGUGAGUAAUGUUCUUUUCUACAACUCCUCUGAAUCAAGUAUAGAGGACAUUUGGACACUGUGGACAUCAACAGAAAACUACAUUGUAGUCCAGCUGGGAAAUGGAGAAAUUUGGGAACUUAAUCAAUGCAGCAGGUCCAAACGAGAAGUCAGUUUGAAUCUGGCAUAUGAAUACAAAGGCAACAAGUCCACAUUUUCUUGUUCUGAUGGAUUUCUUUAUGAUGAUACGAAGUGGAAGAGCACUGUUGUUACACAGUGGGAUCUGGUCUGUGACCGAGAAUGGCUUGCAAAAUUAAUCCAGCCUACAUUCAUGCUUGGAGUCUUGAUUGGUGCAGUGAUUUUUGGUGACAUUGCUGACAGAUUGGGAAGACAGCGUGUUCUAUGGUUCACAAGUGCUGGGCAGUUUGUCUUUGGCAUUGCGGUGGCCUUCACAUUUGACUACUACAGUUUUGUGAUUAUACGCUUUCUCCUUGCUAUGGUUUCCAGUGGCUAUCUGGUUGUGGCUUUUGUUUAUGUGACUGAAUUUGUUGGCAUUAAAGCACGAACCUGGGCUUCCAUGCAUGUCCAUGCUUUUUUUGCUAUGGGAAUAAUGAUUGUGGCACUUGUGGGAUUUUUGGUUCGGACCUGGUGGAUCUAUCAGAUAUUUCUCUCCAUAGCGACUCUUCCCUUUGUCUUGUGCUGCUGGAUGCUUCCAGAGACACCUUUUUGGCUCCUGUCAGAGAAACGAUAUGAAGAUGCACAAAAAGUAAUUAAUAUAAUGGCAAGAUGGAAUAAAGUAAGCAAUCCCUGCAAAGUUUCUGAACUGUACUCAGUCCAACAAGAUGAUCUAGACAGCGGCAGAACGGGUGACAAUGACAUGUCCUCAGCAAAGAAGCACAACAUUUUAGACCUGUUCUGUAACUGGCACAUUGCAAGAAGGACCAUCACAGUCUGGCUGAUCUGGUUCACUGGGAGCUUGGGGUACUACGUCUUCUCUCUCAGUUCUGUCAAUCUGGGAGGCAAUGAAUAUGUAAAUCUCUUUCUCAUAGGUGCUGUGGAGUUACCUUGCUAUAUCAUUGCUUGCAUUGCGAUGGACAAACUGGGAAGGAGAAACACUCUCAUUCCAUUUCUUAUGUUAAGUGCACUCAUCUGUGUUUUAAUUAUGUUCAUACCUCAGGAUUACAAUAUAUUAAUUGUCUUAGCAAAUAUGGCUGGAAAAUUUUCAAUAGGCGUGGCAUUUGGCCUUAUAUAUCUCUACACAGCAGAACUGUACCCAACAAUUGUAAGAUCACUUGCUGUUGGAAGUGGAAGCAUGAUGUGCCGUGUAGGAAGCGUGGUUGCUCCUUUCUGUGUGUAUCUGAGAAGUGUUUGGAUUUUCAUGCCACUUUUACUUGUUGGAAUCAUGGCUCUUCUGAGUGGGAUAUUAACAAUAAUGCUUCCAGAAACACUGGGAAAACCACUGACUAAUACUUUGGUGGAAGCUACAGAAAUGGGAAGAAAAAAUAAAAGCCAUUCAGGAAAGACUCCUCCAGGACACAGUGGUGCAGCAUCAGAAAAGAUAGAGAUGUUUGGUCCAGAAACAGUCAGCUCUGAGAAAUAAAGCAACAGCAAAAUGACUGUUCCCAAUAUUAAUCAUUAUCUAAUUUAUAAGAUCUUUUAAUGGAACAAAUGUGACUAUUCUAUAAUAUCUGUGCCUUUUACUUUGUAUCCAAUCUUGCCUUUCUAAUGGAGCAAGUAUAUAAAAUCUUUUCCACACGAUUGAGGUACUGCAGAAAAUUUGAUAUGAUUUCUAGAUCUCUUUCAAACUUAGCCAGACUUUAGAAUAUCUGUCUAACUCACUUUGGCCAAUUGCAGUGUUUACUCUAACUGUUGGAACCUACCUGAUUACACAUAUGUGAAAAAUAUGCCAAUUCUUAGCUUCACAUUUUCUGCAGUUAGAUUUGUAAAGUCACCACAAGGUGCCUUCUCCACUUUUGUCCUGUUGCAACUGAUAGUUCUAGGCUUGAGACUUCAAAACACAGAAACUCAGACAGUUUAUCAUUUAUAAGAGAGAAGCCUUAACAUCAAAUAAUAUCAAUAAUUUUAAACCAACUUAUUAUUUUUUUUCAACUUUUCUACUAGAAAAGAUGCCAUUGCUAACGAAGGAAAAUAUUCUGUGGAACAACUUCCAACUGAAAAAAAUAAUACUAAGUUUGCAAAAUGUGCAAAAAGUUUGCAUGUUCAUUCUGUUCAAUGGCAAAUGUAUUUUUAUUAGUGGGUUAAAAAAAAAUGUUCACCGAAUCAACUGCUGUCUUAGCAAGUUCUUUUUAGUUUAGGUAAAACUAAAAUGCCCGAUGUCUUUGAAAGUCAUAUUCAUUCCAGACCAUUAUUUCAGUGCUCUCCUUCUCAUUUACUUCAUCUCAAAUUUAGCGUGAGAUUCCUCAUAGCUUUUACAAGCUACACCAGCAACUUUGCCAAAUGCCUCCAUCAAGGCUGCCCCAGUCUUCAAUGGAAAAGAAUAAAUGUCUUAUUCAGGCUGUCUGCACAGAGAUAAAAUUAAUUGUUAAUGAGUGUUUAGGAGACAUGGUAUCUACACAUCACUUUUCUCAUAGAUCAGCUGGCUGUAGCUCAUUUUUUCUUUAUACUGCACAAAAUCAGUUAGAAAAAAUGAUUUUAAAAAAUUUUAGCUCGAGGACACUGAUCAAUAGAAGAGUUACCAGUUAUUCUAGUAGUUUUACUCGGUGUCUGUCCCACUUUUGCUACACCUCCUGUGCAUCAACACCUACUUGCUGGUGCAGUAAUUCUGCCUUAUUACUGUGGACCACAGAAAACUGAUAGAUAGGAAUGCAUCAUUCUUGCUGCAACUUUUAUGACGUCCUGUUCCACCUUCCCUUUUUUAGUCUACCUCCAGACAUGGAGGUUUAUUCCUUGCCUGAGGAUCUGUGUCCUCUUUGCUUAGCCACCAUUGGUUUAAGGGAGUAGCAUAGGAGCUUUCUAUGUGUUGAGGUUCAGAUAGCACUCUCUUGCCUGGGCUGUGUGAGCUCUUUCAUCCCUAGUUUGAAAUCAAGUGUUUUUCUCACCUUAGGCACCUACUGUCAAGCUAGCUGGCACAACCUCAUAAAAACAAGUCUUUCUUGUUUACUACUCUGCCAUGUACCCCAAAAUAAGACAUCUAUAGUACUGUAGAUAAAUAUUUUAUAUGCUGUAGAGCUUAAUGGUCACAUUUUUUCAUUAUAUCAGCACAGUUUUAUUAGUUUCAGUAACUUCUGAAACCAGAGUAAUGGUUUCAGAAAACCAAAAAAAAGUCUGAAGAGAACUGCAUAGAACACUAUGGCUUCUGUCCAGAUAUAUUAGUUCAGCAAAAGCAUGUGCUUAACCUUAGCCAUGUGAGUAAUCACAUCAUUAUUCAGUGAAUGACUUGAAUACAUACUUUGAUGACUGAAGAUAAGAUUGCUCACAUACUGUGGCUUUUUAUUUUGCUGAAGAGCAGACCCAGUAUUCUUCCACUGCUUUCAGAUCCCUUUCUACUUCCCAGAGCAGAACAACUCUCCUUAUCUGGGAGAUCUGUCACCAAACCCUGCAUGCCCUGCCUUAAAGACAGCUAAAAAAGAAAAUGCAAUACAUGAAACAAGGAAUUAAACUGGUACUGUCUGACAUCAUACACAUACACAGAGACACACACACACACAGACACACAGACACACACAUAUCCCCCCCCACCCUGGACCCCAACCUCCAAGUAAUUGCAUUACUUUGAUGUUCUUUCAUACUGAUACUCCCUCUUUUAUUAGUGCAAGGUCCUAUCUUAAAACUCCUUAGCCUUGAGGACUAGGGACAGUACAGUCUAUUUCUAACAAGGUACUAACAAACAAUUAAAAUAGAUUUUGCUACUUUCUUACCUGCCAAAUAACUGAUUUGGGAGUUACCCUGCUAUGAACAGUCAAUGCAUGUUCUGUGUUCCUUUGACUUGAGGGAUUCAGGACCUGGUCAUCUGUAUUUCGUAUACAUAAGGUAAAAGAACAAAACAAAAAAACUUCUGUGCACAAUGAUACUAAGCAAUGCUUACAGGCUAAAAUUUAAUGAUGAUUCUAAAACAUAGUGUGGCUUGAUGGCUUUUAACAUUAAAAGCCAGUUCCUCCUGUCACUGAAGUCAGUUUGGUCUUUGAUUCAAAUGACACCUGAAUUUCCCUGAACUAAGGAUGUUGAUUUUUUUCCCUGGAAAUAAAAAGUUUAUUUAUCUACAGGUACACAAUUGGUGAUUUUUUGUGUGAUUAGCUUAGAGGUUGUCUUAGGAUAUUCUUUAACCUGAGGAGCCAUAUUACUGUAAAAAAUGAAAUUACAUGUGUCUGUAUAUGUCUCCAGCAUUUCUGUUGGCUUGGUUUUUCACCUAUGGACUUGUCCUCCAUUUUAAAUGUUGUAUAGAUGGGAUGAGUUGAUUCCUUUCUCUUAAAUAUUCAUGGACUGUGUAAAUCCUCUUGUCAAUGAACCUUAUCAAUGCUUAUAAAUACCUAAAUGACAGGUGUCAAGAAGAAGGGGAUGAUCUUUUUCCUGUAGUGCCCAGUGACAGGGUAAGGGGUAAUAGACACAAGCUGGAACACUGGGAGUUGCACUUGAACAUGAGAAAAACUCUUGUAAGAGAGCACUGAAUUUGAGAACAAAUCCUUCUUUUCCUGUGGGGUUUCCUCUUGUUGCUUAUAAAAAAAUUAAUUUUCAUAUUUUCUUAUUCGAGUCCUUAUGGUCUUUUAUGUUUGUAUUUGUCAUCUCUAACUGCAAAUUUGUUGUGCUGAUCAAUGUCUCUAGAGUUACAUAAGGGUUUUACCAGAUACUGGAUUAUAAUUCUUAUCUGUCUUAAUUGCUGGUCACUGUUGCACAUUGACAUAUGUUUUUGUCCUAUAUUUGAUAUUGUAUCUUAUAAGACAGCCUUGCAGUUUCUUAAGGACAUACUUACUGGGAUAAAUAUAGGAAUCAGAGCAAUUAUAAUUAAUUUAAUGAAAACUAAGGAAAAAUAGUAAGUAUAUGUUUAGUAUUUUUAAUCUCUGUUUUAAAACUAUGUGAAAAGAUGUAUUUUCUACUUUUAACAGCUCACUUCAAUUUCUUUGUGCAGAUUUCUGUAGUUUAAACAACUGUAUAGAAGAAAAAUAGAAGGUAUACAAACUAUGUACAGUCUGUCAAAUGCUUUGGGUGGUACCCUGAAUGUCCAAACAAGGAGGUGAGUCCUGCCUGAAGGCUGAGGGCUUUUGUGUAACGGCUCUAUGGAAACAGAAGAUGGUCUGACAUCCCAGCUCUGGGAUGGAUUGGAGGAUACGUUGACAUCCUCCUGUAUCUUUCACAGCUUAUUUUUACCAACCCCUUAGGUGCAUUAACUUAGGAAGCCUCCACAGCAUCAGGCUCAGCAACACACAAGGCCUGCGAGUACCUUUUGCAAAGGCUCAUUAAAAGGUGAGGUCAAUUGUGCCAUGGAGGCAUGAUGCCAGAAGGGCAUUUCUGGCAAAAAGGAGGGUCUGGAUUAAUCCUAUGCCCUUUAUAAACAUAUUAAAGAUAUUUGUCUGAAUCCCAAAACAGAUGCCUAGGGGAGAAAUUAAAGAUUAAAAAAAGCAAACAAACAACUAAAAAGUGUUGACAAAAGAACAAGUUUAUUGUACCAGGAAAAAAUCUAGUAAAUACAGUCAAACUGUAUCUCCAUUGUUACAUCUCCCAUGAAGAAAGAUUAAAGCACAUUUAUGUCCUGGUUACUUAAUAAUUUUGUACAAGAUUCUGUAGCAGGUGGAGCGUGUACUUCGGCAGCAUGGGGGAAAGUGUGUACUCAUAGGAAGGAGAUUUUUUGUGGAAACAUGUGGAUUUAAUACAA